CCUUUGGCAGAAGGCGGAGUGGAUUGUUCUGACGUCUGCUGACAGUGAGCCCACCUCUUCCUGUCGGUGUCAGGAGGCAACUUCACCAUAUUUAGCUGGUUCGCCGAAGCCCAGCAGAGUUGAUCUGUCACCUGGACCGAACAACCCCGAGACGUGUCGGCGCAUACAACCCCGGCGUUGACAGCUCGAUUUCGGCGACGGGACGCGAACCGCACAGGAGGACGUCGCGGGGCCCUCGGUGCUGGAGGAGCGGGGCCGAGUCAGCGGCUGUUUUCAACCCGAGGAAAAAGUCGCCGUCGUCUGUCAGAAUUCCAACUAUCCGAACCGAGCUAGCCCAGAGCCGGAGCCAGCCCCCUGGAGGCUCGCGGUGCCGCGGACACGGAUUAAUGUGGCCCGCGUUCGGUUGUGUGUAGGGAGUGAUUCGGACUCUGUGACCCCCGCUGUGAUGAUCUCCUGACGGCUCCUCUCCUCCGCUCCAGCUACUUUCCUCCACAGACCCGGCUAGCGAGCUACCUUGGCUAACUAGCAGCUGCCACCGCGUCGCGUCGAGGAGCCAGCAGCCCCUCCGCCGUGGCACCGACACCCGACUGGAGACGUUGACCGUGUCCGGGGACGCCGAACAGAUCAACUCCCCGGGCCGGCGAAACGAACGCCACCGUACGGAGGAGAGAGGAGGGGGCACCGGCGGUUUGACAGCCCGCAAGGGAGGAGGGGAAGCUAACCGAGAGCGGGGCACUGCAGAGGCGGUGCGCUGCCGGAGGAGACACCGGACUGAACGGAGGAACAGUCCCGAACAUUUCACAACUGUGAUCCGGGUAGUGACCCGGGCAGAGACCUCAUGAAUGGAAAUCGGAACUACAGGAGCCGUUGGGGCCCAGUCCCUGUUCACCAUGCCUCGGCGGCCUGGCUAUGGCACCAUGGGGAAGCCCAUCAAGCUGCUGGCCAACUGCUUCCAGGUGGAGAUCCCCAAGAUGGAUGUCUACCUCUACGAGGUGGACAUCAAGCCUGACAAGUGUCCACGGCGAGUCAACAGGGAGGUGGUCGACUCGAUGGUGCAGCACUUCAAGGUGACCAUCUUUGGGGAUCGCAGGCCAGUGUACGAUGGAAAGAGGAGCCUGUACACAGCCAACCCUCUACCUGUGGCACCUGCAGGGGUGGACCUGGAUGUCACUCUACCAGGUGAGGGAGGGAAAGAUCGUCCCUUCAAGGUGUCCAUCAAGUUUGUGUCUCUGGUCAGCUGGCACAUGCUCCAUGAGGUGCUGACCGGCCGCAGCAUGCCUGAGCCUCUCGAGCUGGACAAACCCAUCAGCACCAACCCUGUCCAUGCAGUGGACGUGGUCCUGCGACACCUGCCAUCCAUGAAGUAUACUCCAGUGGGCCGAUCCUUCUUCUCGGCUCCGGAGGGCUAUGACCAUCCCCUGGGAGGCGGGAGGGAGGUUUGGUUUGGCUUCCAUCAAUCUGUGCGGCCCGCCAUGUGGAAGAUGAUGCUCAACAUCGACGUUUCUGCCACUGCCUUCUACAAGGCCCAGCCUGUCAUCCAGUUCAUGUGUGAAGUGCUGGACAUCCACAACAUAGACGAGCAGCCCCGCCCUCUCACCGACUCGCACCGGGUCAAAUUCACCAAAGAAAUCAAAGGUUUGAAGGUGGAGGUGACACACUGUGGAACCAUGCGGAGGAAGUACCGCGUCUGCAACGUGACCCGUCGGCCUGCGAGCCAUCAAACGUUCCCUCUGCAGUUGGAAAACGGUCAGACGGUGGAGCGUACCGUAGCCCAGUACUUCAGAGAGAAGUACAACCUGCAGCUCAAGUACCCGCAUUUACCCUGUCUACAAGUGGGCCAGGAGCAGAAGCACACCUACCUGCCCCUGGAGGUGUGUAACAUUGUAGCUGGUCAGCGAUGCAUCAAGAAGCUGACGGAUAACCAGACCUCCACUAUGAUCAAAGCCACAGCUCGCUCCGCACCCGACAGACAAGAGGAGAUCAGCAGGCUGGUGCGCAGUGCCAACUACGAGGCCGACCCCUUCGUGCAGGAGUUCCAGUUCAAAGUGCGCGACGAGAUGGCCCACGUGACGGGGCGAGUGCUACCCGCCCCCAUGCUGCAAUACGGCGGCAGGGUGAGCACAGAGCACUUUAUGAGUGAUCGUGGUGCCGGUGAUGUCUCAGACUAUAAGAGUAACCGCACCGUAGCCACGCCCAGCCACGGGGUGUGGGACAUGAGAGGGAAGCAGUUCCACACCGGGGUGGAGAUCAAGAUGUGGGCCAUCGCCUGCUUUGCCACACAGAGGCAGUGUCGGGAAGAAAUCCUGAAGGGUUUCACGGACCAGCUACGUAAAAUCUCGAAGGAUGCCGGGAUGCCAAUCCAAGGUCAGCCAUGUUUCUGUAAAUACGCCCAGGGAGCGGACAGCGUGGAGCCCAUGUUCAGACACCUGAAGAACACGUACGCCGGGUUGCAGCUCAUCAUCGUCAUUCUGCCGGGAAAGACUCCUGUCUACGCGGAGGUAAAGCGAGUGGGAGACACCCUCCUCGGCAUGGCCACUCAGUGUGUUCAGGUGAAGAACGUGGUGAAGACGUCCCCUCAGACCCUCUCCAACCUCUGCCUCAAGAUCAACGUGAAGCUGGGAGGCAUCAACAACAUCCUGGUGCCUCAUCAACGACCGUCAGUGUUUCAGCAGCCAGUUAUCUUCUUGGGAGCAGAUGUUACACAUCCACCUGCGGGAGACGGGAAGAAGCCUUCGAUUGCAGCAGUGGUUGGCAGUAUGGACGCCCAUCCCAGCAGGUACUGUGCCACAGUACGGGUCCAGAGGCCCAGGCAAGAGGUCAUCCAGGACCUGGCCUCCAUGGUGCGGGAGCUGCUCAUCCAGUUCUACAAGUCAACUCGCUACAAGCCCACCAGGAUCAUUUUCUACAGGGACGGAGUUUCAGAAGGCCAGUUCAGACAGGUGCUGUAUUAUGAGCUGCUGGCCAUUCGUGAGGCCUGUAUCAGCCUGGAGAAGGAGUACCAGCCAGGCAUCACCUACAUUGUUGUACAAAAACGCCACCAUACCCGCCUCUUCUGUGCCGACCGCAACGAAAGAGUUGGACGUAGUGGAAACAUUCCCGCUGGUACUACCGUGGAUACGGACAUCACCCAUCCGUACGAGUUUGACUUUUACCUCUGCAGUCACGCUGGAAUACAGGGCACCAGUCGUCCCUCCCACUACCAUGUACUGUGGGAUGACAAUUGUUUUACCGCUGAUGAGUUCCAGCUGCUCACCUACCAGUUGUGCCACACCUACGUGCGCUGUACCCGCUCAGUCUCCAUCCCUGCGCCAGCCUACUACGCCCACCUGGUGGCCUUCCGUGCCCGCUACCAUCUGGUGGACAAAGAACAUGACAGCGCCGAGGGCAGCCACGUGUCUGGUCAGAGUAACGGUCGGGACCCCCAGGCGCUGGCCAAAGCUGUUCAGAUUCACCACGACACCCUGAGGACCAUGUACUUCGCCUGAGCUACCACCAACCCUCCCCAGUCAUUGCCACCCACACCCACACACACACACACACACACACACACACACACACACACACACACACACACACACACACACACACAGACGCAACCGUGCACGCCUGGCUUGCCAGUCAAGGAGUCCUCAUAGGUGCGAGUCCCCCCCCCCACGCCUAGUCAAUCCGGACCUGACACUGUGCAGAGGAGAGCAGGGAGGAGGGAGGGGAGGAGGCACACCCACACUGGACUGAGGAUGCAAACGUCGCUUUAAAAACAAACAAGAGAGAAACUCAGCACUAUUAUGCAAUAUUAAACCAGCCAACCAGUAUAUUUUCACCCUCAUCAGGCCCCUUUUCAUCGCCCCCUCCCUCCUGUUCGUCACCUUUACUCGUGGCCUGGUGGGUGUGUUUCUUGUUUGUUUGUACCUUUCCCCUCCUUUCGCACAGUCUCUCUCUUUACGACCCACUAAUCUGCUCCUUUGCCAUUUAUAGUACCUCAAUUCAGUUUGAGCAGCAGCACUUUUACAUUCUGCCAGUUCCACUGCAGUUUGUUGUUAAUUCUCCCCAGUGUUUGAAAAGAGGGAGCAGAGACGGAGGCGUCGGACUCUGGAGUUGUUCUAUCGUGUUUUUUGAUUUCUUGUGGAAUUUAGCUAUUUCAGUUGGCCGGAGGUCCUGCCAGUUGCCACUUUUAUUUUUCCUUAUUUUUUCCUCUUGUUUUCUCUUUUCUGUCACUUUUCACAAGUGUGUGAAAUCACCAGUUACAUGUAUGGAGCACCAUGUUCUUUUGAGCACACUGCCACCUGUUGGCGACGAGGUAUAAUUGCCCCCUUAAAGUUUUAUCAUGUAGUUAGAUCAGUUUUGUCUUUAUCAGUCAGAUGUCACAUUUAAACGGGGGCAGUUUAUAUUGGCUGAUGUAUCAAUUGCUUAAUUGCAGCCAUAUAUGGAUUUUUAUUUAAAGUAUAACACUGUUAUUUCUCCUUCUACUUUAUGGACAUUAUGUUUUUAAUCAUUUAAACAUGUAAUCCUAUGUUUUUAAUCCUUGUAGUCAUGCAUUCAUUUCCCUCAGUGCUUUAUCUCACGUUUCCCUCUCUUGAGUUUGAGAUGGUGGUUUAAUAGAGAUCAUGUCGAUGGUUUCCUCCAGUGCAAUAAUCCGUUGAACGAAGGGAAGAGGAUUUUAGGGGACAUACACAACUCAAAAGAACAGUUACACAUUUCAUUUGAAAGUGAGAGUCCUCGGUAGAUGAGAUGUUUGCCACUUGCUAGAGACGUUCAUGUUGUCCUCCUCUGCGAGAUGAUUGAUCAGCACGUUUUACGAGUUUUGCCUUUUCUACUGGGCAAAAAAACCCCAAACGGUUCAACUGCAGUUUGUGAUUUUCAUGUUUUUACUUGAAUUGAAGGAUUUUAUGCGCCUCUUCGGUUUGAGAAUAUUUUAUCAUCAAUGGGCAUAAUUUCAGAAUUCCCGAUUAUCAGUUUGCCAAUGAGGCUGAUUUUCUCAAUUCUUUUAGAAUUAACCCAUUUUUGGAGAACAAAGCUUUUCACCCGACAGCAGCAAAGAGUCUAAAGGCCAUAAAGAGGUAGUAUUCAAGUGCCUGGUGGAAGAUUAAGUGUUCGAUGGUCAAAAGCUGUACAGCCUAAUAUUAUAGGGAUCCUGUUUCAGUGGGUAAAGGAAUCAAAAAGAAAGUUUCACCUGAUGCCUCUUAUUCUUCUCAACAACCGUCUACUGACUUUUCUAUACAUCUCAUUCAAAUCAUCCUAAGAUCUAUAUAUUUAUUAUGUUUGCCUGUACAGCAGUGUGAGCUGUUGGCUUUGCUUCCGAGCGGCGUUCAAGCAAAGCCGGCCGAGUUGUCUUUUGCUAAAUAUUCACCAGAUAUGGAUCCAGCUGCUACAGUGUGUUUGUACCUAACAGGGGCCGGGUUCAUGGGCACGGAGUCGCCCUCUCAAUAAUCCAAUUCUUUCAAUAACCUCUCUUUCAGAAAACCUCCAAGUACAGAACGAGGUUCAACUCCUGUCCAUGGAACCGGCCCAACAGUUGAGACUGGCUUCGGAGCGGAGCCGAGGAGCGGAGUGGGUGACCGACCUUUGCAGCAGAAGUAGAGCUGACUGAUCCGAAUCGUUUGUCUGGAUCGCUGUCGCCACCUCGCUCCUCGGCGCCGCUGACGACCCGAAGCUCGUCCGGGGGUUGUUUUUAAUCUGCACUAAAAGAAGCGUGUGUUUCGGGACUGAACACAGGCCUGGUGCUACUCAUUCUGAAUUAGAAUCUGAAGCUGAACCUCUAUAGGAGACUGUACAUGAGCAGGUGGGAAUGGUAGAAAAUGGUAGACCUCACUCAGCGAAGGCCGGGGGGGGGGGUCCGGUGCGGCCGGGCAGCUCCGGACUUGGUUGUUGCGGUCAACGUUGAGAAUCCGCAAAUGGUACAAUGACAGCCGUGCUCUUGGACAGUGAGGUAUAAUGUAGGGUCCUAUAUCCGCUGUUGCAUUCGACUGCCUUUCGUAGGCGAGCCUUCUAGUGUGGAAGCCAGUGAGUUUGAGCCUUCAUGAUUUCACUAGUGUCUGAAAGCCUUUUUAAAAAGCCAGAUCGAAAGUAUAUUUGUACAUUUUAAAUUAUGUAAUGCACACCACUUAUUUUUGCUAACAGAAAAAAAAACAAUGUAGUCUAAUUAUUAAUCUUAGUAAUAAAUGUAUCAUGAUACGUAAUGGUUAAAAAAAAAAAGGUAUAAUAACGAAGAUUUAUUAUUGCAAUAGACUGUUGACUUGUUCCUGUGUCACUGUAUAAUGUAAAGUGUAUGUGUGAACAGUGGGGUUGUUGAAACUAGUGACUUGUGUGUUUGGACUGUCAUACUGUUAUCGAUAGGGACGUGGACUUAAACUGCCUCUUGCUUUGAUAUUUGGAAAAAACAGCUGCAACUUGUCGAAUGCUUAUUAUUUUAGAUGUGUGUACGGUUAAGGGUUUGUCGUAGAAGAAAUAUACUGAACUCCGAAAGGCUUUUGUAUCAAGACAUCACAUCUCUCGACAAACCGUAGAAUAGAAGAAGAGUCGGCGAAUGUCUCGAACUUCUGCUCCUGAAUGUUCUCGGCUUUUCUUCACCUGGUGCUGACGCCUGCUGCUUUAUCAAGGGUGGAGAGAGAACAAGGAAAACGGGCGAGUGGUUUAGAGAAGUGUCGCUGACCCAUUUCAAGGACACGUGAUGGAAAUGCGCCGUAACAAGGGGCAGUAGUUCUCCAAUCCUUAAGUGUUAAAGCCUCGAGGGGAGGAUUGAAGUCGGAAUUGCAACCUCUUGUUGCUUUUUCCACAGAGUCCUCUCCUCGACCCGAGGCCCCUUCAUGUGCUCGCAAACACAAUGACGUGCUGGCCUCCCGGUAAAUCUGUGGUGUGACAAAGCCUGUAAUCUCAUUGUCGCUCUCUUUUCCCCUUUGCUCCCUGAACAUUCACUCCCCUGUGUCAGAGGACUACAUUCCACGGUCGUACUUUCCCGAUCCGAUCCCCCUGGGAGGCGUAAAAGAAGAAAACAAAGAUUGGAGCGGAGGGACGACGUAGUGGCUUCUGUGAUUAAUUCAAGUGUGUUUGUGUGUUUGGAAUCAAAGCCUAAGUCAGUGUUGGCUUUGCCGGUAUGUGGCAGGUUGUGUUGGAAGUUGGAACGAGUCUGAAGGUUGAUCGUGAGAGUUGGAGUCCGUUUAUUACUCGGCCAUCUCCGCUGUCUGUCAUGGAUGUUCGGUUUGCGUAUGAACGGCGCUCGUUAGGGCAGUUGAACACAUGUUUACAUAGCAGAUGUGUUCGCCUUGCGUACAACUGAAAUGUCAUCGGCUCUGCUUUGCAAAUACAAUGCGAGUAGAGAAGUGACCCGACACGAGCGGAAUCAUUCGGGGCCUGUGGGAGUGAACGCUCGAAGGGAUACGAAGACAUCAUUUAUUUGGCUGAUUGUUUUUUUUUUUGUUUGCAGAGCAGGACGACAGCCUUGUUUGUCCUUCUAGUUCUAUUAUUAAAAUGACUUGUUGGAUUGGAUUGAAGUUAAACAGGUACACUGGGAUCACAGCUUGCAGCGAGCUGUGGCCUUUAGCUCUGAAUUGGGAUUGUUAGCUAUACGGACAAAUAACCAAAUUCUAGAAAAAGGUCUCCUUUUUUCAAAAACGAAAUCAAAGUAAAAAGGUGUAUUCCGUUUCGAGUAAAUGGACCAACAGCCCUGAUUUUGGAUGCUCUGUGUUUGCGGUGGAAAGUAGCAAUGGAGUGAGAAAAAGUCCACAGAAAGUGCCUUUCCUCUUGAUGGUGCUGUCAAUUGAAAGAUGAAAUGUAAAUGAAAUAGAAUCUCCUUUUCAAGAACACAACGCAGGAAUGUCUGCAUCUUACACACACACUGUACAUGUUUGUGUUUUUAGAGAUGACGAUGCUAACUCGUGUAUUUGGACAUUAAGCCUACGUAGAGACAUUAUUAUGCCAAGUAUAUGGUUGUGGUUGAGCUUUCGCUUCCUAGUGCAUUUUAGUGUCUUGGACCAAUGGUGUCGUUGGUACAGUGGAAUGUGUGUAGGUGUGGGUGAGGGUGGGUGGGGGGGUCACACUAGCGUGGCGUGACGCGGCCCGGCCCUCGGAUGGCAAACAUAGCACAGCACUUUAUAGAGACUGCCACUCUCACUAUAGACACAUAGCCAAGAGUUUUCAAUCUCCACUCCCUCCAGUCCCCCUUCUUCCUCCCGCUCGGGAGGAGGAGGAGCGGAUGCAGACCUCGGUGUACAUGAGGAGUCGAAGGGAUGCGUGUGUGUGUGUGUGUGUGUGUGUUCAGCAGUCGGUCAUUAAAAGUGUGCCUCAUGCUCUUGUGACUUUGUUGUUGGCUCGGUUUAGUCAGCCUGCUCUGGUGUGGUGGUUUUCCCUGUGGAACCACUCGACACUGUUACGACCACAGGGCUGGGUGUCAAAUAGCAGCGCCUCACAAAGUUUUGGCGUCAAAAGUCCAGAACUUUUUACAGUAGAUUUUUUUUUUUGCACUGAGGAAUCAAGGUUUUCUUCUUGAAGGGCAUUUUUAUUAAGGAAAAGCAACAUACGCAGGAUUUGAAUCUGUUUGAAAAAAAGCAUGAAUGACCGAAAAAACAAGUUUCGUUUUCUACGAGAAAUCGGCAGAACCAGUGUCAGUAUUGAACCUCUCCUCUCGAUGCCCAGCCCUGGUAACAGCCCGUGGCAUUCUGUCAUCUCAGCGCAGUGCCCUGCCAUGUAUCCUGCCCCGGAUGGAGGGAACCUGUGCCCGGUAGUUCCCCCGUCUUGAGCCGCUCGUGUGUCGACUGAAAACCGACGGUGGUCUGUAGUUCUGUGGGAACCUUUUCAGUCCAGGGGGGUUGAAAUCUUUCUAUUACAAGAUAUCUCAAAUAAAAAAAAAAAAAUACAAAACACUGCACCUCACUUACCUUGGUAUGCUGCAUAUGUUAUACUACAUGAAAGAAAAACUGCAAAUUGCUUUUAUUAUGACAUAUAAUGCUUGAGUAAUGCCUGAUUGCGAUAUUCUUAUACGUAACUAUUUUAGAGUCAAAAUAAGUAUAACUGUAAAAAAAAUAUUCUGUUUUUGUCUUAACACUUAUCCGAUUUUGAAAAAUUGUUCUUUGAGCCGACUUUUAUUUUGUUGUCCUAUUUAAAUGUGUUGUUCUUUAAAAAUAUAUAUAUGAAAUAUAUAUAUAUGAAAUAUAUAAAUGCGGAAUAUUUUAUGGUGUAUUUAUUGACAGUGCGUUUUAAAGCGGCUGGAGUCUCCGCAUCAUAUUGCAGCAUGGUGGGGGCGGAGCCAGGAGGACGAGGCCUUUAGCCCCUCCCCCUCCAUGUUGACGCCUUAUCCUCCUCGACACGUAAGCACAACAAUAUGGAGGGGGAGGAAAAGCAGGAGGUGGAUUGGACGAAAAGAAGUCGAGCUGUGGUUGAGUCUCUCCCUCCUCCUCCUCCUUUUUCUAAAUAUUCCUCCCCCUUCUUCACUCUUCUUCUACCACCUGAGAAGGUUGAAUGCCGACCCCCACCCCCCCACAUGCUGCCGCUUCAUCUCUGAUGAUGAAGGAGAACCAUUUCUGUACCACACUGACUUUGGGUGUUGAGACGCUGACUCUUUUUGUUUUUCUGUUUUCUUCCUUUCAUCCCAAGCUGCUAGCUGGUACGUUAGCCAUGUCCAAUGCCCGAGCCAGUACAAGGGCAGGUGGGACAGCGUGAAAUGAAACUGUGGGGGUGGGGGAGGAAGGACAUUUAGAAACUUUUAGAAAAGGCGUAAUUCUUACAGAUUAUGGUGAAUUUUUUUUCUUCGUUUCUUCGUUUCUUUCCUUCGUCUCCUCGUUUUGUUUUUCUUGUGCCAGAACAUUUUACAGCACGAACAGGUCUCAUUCCACGAGAAAUGACACACCUCAGCCUUACGUGCGUUCUUUCCUAAUCCUCAUAUUCCUGUGUGACUUCGUCGGGUGCAGGCCCACUGACAAAACAAGCCCACGCACUCGUUCUGCCCACCCACCCCCCCCGAUCGGCGCCCUCAUCACUACUCAUGUAAACCACUAAACAUCCCAGUGAACUCUGAGGCGUCUGAAGCCUUUUGGAAGAAUCGCUCUGUCCCACUCGUCAUGAUGUCAGAACAGAAGCAGGUCUGAGUCAAACGUAUUUGGAAACGAUUCUUGGCAUUUGUUCCAUCAACAUGAACGUUCCGAAUGACUUGAAAACAUGUGCUAAUAUGACUUUUCUACACUUUUCAUGUGCUGUUGGAAAACUUAUCGGGUUUUUCUGCAAAUCCAAAGAACGGUAUUUUCAGAUGGUUUGACCCGGGCCUGACGGGAACCUGGGGGCGUCCCCAGUGUGCUGGAUUACAGAGACCUGUGCCUGUACAAUGAACCAAGGAUGAACUGUGUUGUGAUGAAUUGCUGAUCUUGUCUUUUUAUUUUAUUUUUAUUUUCUAUUUUCAUUUUUUCUGUUGGUCGUCCCUCGCCCCAUCGGAGGAUCAGAGACAUGGACAUUUUGAGUGUUGUCAGUCCUGUUCCAAAGCAAACAGGCCCCUUCGCCCAUUUAAGCCAAAUACAUUUUGGUGCAUAAAUGUUUACGGUCAUGUUUACUCCCACGGUGAUCAGACGUUUAACCCGUUUUUCAUCCCAUCAGCAUUCCAGUAACAAGUACGAACCAAAUACUGCAGAAGAGAUUAGGCUCCUGACGCUGCUUUGUUUUCCCUCGUGUUCACACCAUGGUUUUGAAGACAGAUACUUGACAGCGGCCAAGGAUCUUCUGUGCACGCUGAUCGUCAUAUUACUUCUUUUGUUAAUGUAGCAUCACUCUUGUGUCAGUGUUAUUCCAAAAUAAAGAUCUUAGGCUCUGAUACGUCUGAGCGAGGCACCAGCAAAGAACAGCGAACCUUCACCACCGGAUGAUCCAUGUCUCGGUCCAUGUUAGCCCACGUCGCAGCAGCUCUGUUGUACCAACAGCUCGAUUCCUCUCAGUUUUCAAUGUGUUUCUUUUGUAACCCUCUCUUACAGGAUGUUGGCCUUUUAGUGUUGCUUUGCUUCAGUUUGAAGUGUAUCUUUGACUAAUACUUGCAAUAAAAUGCUUUGCUUUAC